AACCUCAAAAUGAGAAAAUCUCAAUAUUCUUGAAGAAAUUUGAUGACCACGUGUUUGUUACUUUGGAACAAGUGAAAAAGUUUAAUUCUUGUGAAUAAAGUAUUUUUAUUUAUUUAUUAAAUAAAUAAAACGCGAAGAAAAUUUGUGUGUGAAUUGAAAAAAGUUAUUUUUAAAAAAAAUUCCAUUUUUCUAAUAUAAACAGAUGUGAAAUUUUGAAAAGAAAAGUUUUCUACCAUAUUUUUAAAACAAUGUCAAAGGAAAAAAGUGCAGAAACGUCUUUGAAUAUAUCAUCAUCAGAAAAAAAUGAAACAAUUCCGGAUAAAUUUAAAGAUUCAUCUGAAGAUUCGAGAAAAAUUACAGAUUCAUCCAAGGAUUUAAAUGAAAUUAAAAGCUCGUCUGAGGACUGUGAAAAAAUAGAUUCUUCUAAGGACUUGAAUGAAAUUAAAGAUUCAUUUGAGGAUUGUCAAAAAAUAAGUGAUUCUUCUAAAAAUGAUAAUAAAUAUGAAAAUUCUUCUAUUGUCUCUAAUAAAAUAGACAAUUUUUGUAAAUAUUGUCAAAAAACUAAAGAUUAUUUUGAAAAUAAUGAUAAAUUUGAUGAUUCUUCUAAUGAAAAUAAUAAAAUUCAAGAUUCAUCAAAAAAUGAAAAUAAAUUUCUUGAUUCUCUACAAGACGAGCAGGAAAUUGAAGAUAAUUUUGAAAAUUUCAAUAAAAUGGAAAAUUCUUCUAACAUUAAUAAUAAUAAUAAUAAUAAUAAUAAUAAUACAAUUGAGAAUUCUACUAACGAGAAUAAUAAAAUUGAAGAUUCUUCCGAUGUCCAUGAUGAAAUAAACGAUUCUUCUAAAGAUGUUAAUAACGAUAAAAAUUCUUCUACAGAAAAUAGUAAUAAUAAUAUUGAAAAUUCUUCAAAAGAAAUUAAUGACAUUGAAAAUUUUUCUAAACAAAAUAAUGAUAUUGAAGAUUCUUCAAAAGAAAUUAAUGACAUUGAAAAUUUUUCUAAACAAAAUAAUGAUAUUGAAGAUUCUUCAAAUGUUCAUGAUAAAGUAGAAAAUUCAUUCGAAAAUUGUCAAAAUAAAGAAAAUUCUUCUAAACAAGAUAAUGAUAUUAAAGAUUCUUCUAAUGUUCAUGAUAAAGUAGAAAAUUCUUCCGAAGAUUGUCAAAAAUAUGAAAAUUUAUCUAAAAAUGAUAAUAAAAUUGAUGAUUCUUUAAAAAAUAAUAAUGAAAUUUCCGAUGAUUGCAUUAUAAUAGAACCGGAAAUAAUUCCCAAAAAUUUUGAAGUAAUUACCAUAAUUGAUGAAUUAUCACCUUCUAAAGAUUUAACAAAAAUUCCAAAGGAUAUUAAUAUUAAUAAUCAUAAUAAUAAAGUUUCAGAGAAAAUUCAAAUUAAAAACACAAAUUUCGAAAGAAUAAAAAUAUCAAAAAAGAAAAAAAAAAGGGGGGGACGUCAAAAACAUUUAAAAAUGGUUGAAAACUUUAGAAAUCUGCUUUUGGUAUCAGAAAAUGAUGGAGAAUCUUGUUUAAAGACAAAUCAAGGAAUUAUUUCAAAUUUUGAUAAUUUUUCCAAUCAAGAAAUUGUUAAUCAAGAAAAUGUAAAUAAAAAAAAUGUAAAUCAAGGAAAUAAUAGAAUUAAUUUUAAUUCAGGAAAUACAUAUCAAAAAUUUAUUGAAAGUUUGUCGAAAAUUAAUAAGGGACAAAAUAGUAAAAAUUCUCCAUCGACAUUAGAAAUUGAAUCAUCAAAUUCCGUGAAAAAUCCAAUAAAUUCAAAACGAAAAAAACAAAAUGAUUUAUUGAUAAAUCCAUCGAAAAAAUCACGAAUUCAUGAGACAAAUUCAUUAGAAUUGAGAAAUUUGGAGCCAAUUCAAAUCAAUCAACAAUAUUCCCAUAAUUCACAAAUUUAUCCCAAUACUGAGGAAUAUGAAUCAAAUUUUUGUGAAAAUUUUUUUACAACCGUUAAUAAUGAAAUAAUUUGUAAUUCUCGUCAAUUACCCGAAAAGCAAAUGUCAUUCGAUAAAAGUAGAUUGGGAACAAGAAAUUGUCAAAAAAUCAUUGACAAUAAAAUUUUUCGUUUUGAUAAUGAAUAUUUCGAUUCAAAUAUACAAAAUCGAAAUUUAAUUAAUUAUUCCAAUAAUUUGUUUGCCAAUGAUAUUUCAAAUACAUUUCAAAUUCCAGAAUUUUCGAAUUAUUCACAAGAAUUUAAUUAUUUAACAUCAUCAUCAUCAAAUUAUCAUCAACCGUCCACUUCAGGAAAUGUUGAAUGUUACAUUCAACCAGUAACAUUUCCCAAUGAAAUGCAAUCAUUUAUUGAAAUACAAGAUCGUGAACAAAUGUUAAAAACAAAUAAAAAUAGUUUUCUUUCUAUGAAAAGAAAACGUUUAACCGAUCAGGAAUUAUUUACACAAAAUAAUGAUUUAAUAAAAGUUAUUGUACCCGAUGAUUUUCGCAAAAAUGGAAUAACACGAAUUCAAAAGAAUAAAAUUGCAAAUGAUAUUUUAUUGGAAAUUACAAAAAUUAAGAGAGGACCAUAUCCAAUGUUUAAGGAUACUUAUAUACGUCAUGGUGGAAUUAUUGUUGAAUGCGAUGACGAAUGGUCAAGGGAUUGGUUAAUUGAUGUGAUACCAAAUUUAAAACCAUGGACAAACGCUCAACUAUCAGUGGUUGAUGUCCAAUAUCUUGAAAAAUUUUAUCGUGCCGUCUUUUGGAUUCCGGGACCAUUUGAAAAGCCAAAAAUUGUUUUACAUAAACUUGAAAAAUUAAAUUCAACAUUAAAUACAAGAAAAUGGAGAAUACAUUCACAUGAGGAGACAUCAAUACCUGAAGGUUUUCAUCUUUUUUUGGGUAUUCCAAAUAGUUCAGUGAAUUCCCUUAAAGAAAUGUAUAUACAACCAUUUACGGAUUCAUUCAAAGGAUUCAUAACAAUUUCAAAAGUAGAGGAUCAUUACUAAAAAAAAAAAAAUAUGUUACGUAAGAUUUUAUAAAAAAAAAAAUUGCUAAUAUAAGACAUUUUUUUUUAAUUUACAUUCACUUAUAAACGUGUCAUUAAAUUAAUGUAGAAAUAUUUCAUAUUUCAAUGGGAUAUAUAUAUAUAAUUUAAAAAAAAGUUGUGAAUAAUUUCAAAGGAAUGUUUAAUACUUAAAAUAUUAAGAAAUAUUCUCUAUACUGAAACACUAGGAAUAUAUUUAAAAUAUAUUCCAUUCAAAUAUUAGGAAUAUUGCUAAAAAAAAUAUUUUACUGAAAUAUUAAAAAUAUUCCAUUGAAAUACUAGAAAUAUUCCUAAGAAAUAUUUCACUGAAAUAUUAGAAAUAUUCCACUAAAUUACUAUAGAAAUAUUCCUUAAAAAAAAAUAAUAGAAAUAUUCUUAAAAAAUAUUUCAAUGAAAUUUUUGAAAUAUUCCUAAUCAAUUUGAUUAAAAUAUUGAAGAAUUUUUUUCAAAACAAAUAUUUCUCUAAAAUGUUAAAAGUUUUACUAUUAAAAAAAAAAAAUUUAAACCUAAAUACUAGGGACAUUACAUAAAAAGUAUUAUAGUAGAGUAUUAUAAAUAUUUUUUUAUAAAAAAAAUGUCAUUGAAAUACAAGAAAAAUUUCCCCCAAAAAAAAAUUAUAUAAAAAUAUUCCUUCGAUAUGUUAGAAAAAAACAUUUUCAAAAUAAAAUAUUUUUUGUUUUUUUUUUCUUUUUGAAAAAUGUUUAUUUUUAUAUUGACAUCUAAAUUAUUAUAAUUUUUCUCAGGAUUAUUGUUUAUUUUGUUAAACUAUUUUUCGAUUAGAACAUAAUUAAAUUUUAGUUAAAAAAAAAGAAGAA